GAGUCCCCAGCGAGGCCACACAAACUCUUGUACCUUGAGUAACAACAACAGAUGUCUCAGUUCAGUUUACAGUUCAAAGGGCAACAGUAUAGCGCAAACAAUCAAACUGACUGUCCGAUCAGUGCAGCAGCAGAGAGUGGGACAGCGGGGGUUGUCCCCUGGAGGUGGGGUCUGUCCAAUGUGUCAACGGAAGGAGAGAAGAGGGGCACAGCACAGUGAGUUUGAAAGGACACACGGUGCUACGCGGAGCGAGAGAGAGAGAGAGAGAGAGAGAGAGACUGCAGGCACACAGCAACACGAAGGAGCAUACAUGUUUAAAGAGGCUGCAGCAGAGCGGGCUAAUGAUGAGGAAAGAAAGCUGAACUGGGAUCAUCUCAAAAAAAGCAAUUGUGUACUUAUUUUCUCUUAUCGUGCCGUUAUAACAAAGGAACAUCUGCGCCCUUGCGCGUGCACUGUGUGUAUUUUAUGGGACUCUCUAGGUGAAAGGAAACAAGGUUUUGCAUGCUUUCAUAUUUGCAUUUUAGCACUUGACCUAUAUGCAGAAAUGUAUGUUAUUUAUUGCAAAUAUCCUAGCUAUGCAUAAUGUUUGAUGAGUGGUUGCACAGAUUGUGUAAUGGAUGUGAUUUACCUUCUUUUCCUCACCCAGGUGUGUUAAGCAAGAGAUCAGCGAGAUACCUGAGGGUAAAGAUUCGUCAAUCCGUCAAUCUUGGGACUGGACAAUACCCCUCAGUACCUUCAGCAUGUGACUUUUUUGGAGGAGUUGAUAGAGCCUCGCCAUGCACUCUCUGUGGAAUCUUUGCCUACUUCUCCCCCUCUCCUUGCCGCUCUCACUUCAUGUCGUAGUCUCCGAUGGAGACCAUGUCAAGGAUCCACAACAGCCAGACUACGACACAGCAGUGUGGCGUCACACACCCCCACCACAGAGACCACAUGGGUCUGGUUUAGCAACGGGCAAUCCAAUUUUUGGGACGGAAUAUGUCGACUUCCCGCCUCUGCCUUUGAGCUGGCCCCUUUCGUCAUCCGAGGAAUCCGAUAGAAAAGGUGGGAUCGAUGAACACAUUGAUGCCGAGGAGAGCACAGAGACAUCUCGUCUGUAUCCUAAUGAGAAGGGACUUAUCACAUCCAGAAUUUCUGAUACAAAGAAUGAGACCUCAAACGAGAGCACACAACCAACAAGGUCUUCAUCAUCAGAAGGAGCACAACCUCGCUACACCCAGGAACAAUCAUUAAAGUAUAAACCGUCUGAGACAAAUAUAUCCAUAUCAGAUGCCAACCAGACAGAAGAGAAUCAGCCAACUUCCCCACCCUCUCCGAAUAAGACGACUUCUCCUCCGCCCGGCUCGCUUUCACCAGUUCCAGAAUCCGCUGGAGCUCGCCCCAACCCAGAGCGCCCCACUCCACCAGCAGUCAUUUGGGGACGGACCACCGGCCCCUCUGUUGUCAUGCAGGAUGGGACACAGGGGGGGACAGUCCCAGUGAAAGAGACCAGAGAUGAAUUGAUUGGUAUUAUGGGUGAUAACAAGGGCAUGGAGGCAGACAAUGAUGACUCCAAAGAGAGUGGUCCGCUUCUUCCAAAGACCAGUGGCACACUCUUGCGUGAUGGUGGCAGAGACGCACCUACCACGCCCUGCAAAACAUCAAACCAAUCCUGGACACCCACCUACCCAGAGGACUUUACCCCCACAGAGUCCCAGCGCCCCGAUCUGACCCUCGGCUCUGCCCUUUUCAUCCCUCUGUAUUCGGACUGGAACUCUGCCCUUGCCACAUGGGGAUUUGCAUGGGAAGCACACGUCUAUGGCCUGGGUUCUGUUUUUUCUGUAUUUGGCCUAAUCUCUGCUGUGUGUCUCUUAGGCUUGCCCCUGCGCUGUCCUGCGGGGAGCCCCUACUUCUUCCUGCUGCACUUGUUUCUUUUAGCGUUUGAAGGGAUUCAAGCUUUUUGUUUGCUCUAUGAUGCUUAUAAUCACCAAGAUCGUCUUCCCCCUCUGGGCUCUCUGCUGCUCUCUGAGCUUUCCUUUCCCUGCUUGAUUUCAGCCUUCUCCCUCGCCUUCAUCCUCCUUUCCCUGCGCUCACGUAUGCAUCUUUCAUUCCCACUUGCUAAUUCCAACCUGUUUUCAGCCUUUCCCAAGCCAUGCCUGUUACUGUGUAUGUCCAUGCUAUAUUCUGGGGUCUCUCUAGGGUGUGUUGGCCUGCUGCAGCUCUUCCAUAGCCUCCCCUCAGUGAUCCUGCUCUUCCCUCAAGGUGUGUUUGUAUGUCUCACCAUAUUUCUCUCAAGCUCCUACCUUGUAUUCUACUGCUUGAUGCAAUUCAACACGAAGGACCUCUACCACCACACCCUAGAGAGUGGAGGAUCUCCUGCAGUGAUGCCAUCUCCACGUUGCCCCUUUUCCAAAGUGGAGGACUGGGGUAGGGCAGCAGGAGCUGGAUUAGGGGCCUCGUUGUGUUUGUUAGGGUGUGGAGGCCUCCAGUUUUAUGGGAUCUUGCAUGCCCUUGGUUUGGGUGGGGUCGAUAGCUUUGGUUUCCAGCCUUGGCCGUGGUGGGGUUACCAGGUAGGCUGCAGGCUCUGUGAGAUUGGGGUGUGUCUAGGUUUGUCUCUCAUUGGUUCACACCCUCUAUUCUGCCAAAACAACUCUCCUAUCGAGUCCUUGACUAACCCCCGGCCAGGAUCUUGGUCCCGUCUCUCGUGUGGCUCCCAUUCAAGAGGGCUCACCAAGCCCUCUCAGGGAUGUGCAGAUUCUUCCGUCGUCUCCUCUCAUGAUUCUUUCUCCCGGGGUAAGCAGGAAAAGCUUGUGGUCUGUGAUGUCAUAACAAAGGAAGGGUCAGAGGCUCUUCCUCUCUUCUCAAUGGUGGAUCAUCCUCGGAAUAGGCUUGUCCCCAAUUCCAGCCAAACCCAGAGCACUGCUUUCCUUACACCCCCAAACCCACGGUCCAAGCCUAAAAAUGCAGUUGAGUCUCAGCUAUCGUCACUGGAUAGCUUAAGAAUGGAGACGGACUCAACUGUGGAUCUGCGGCCCCCAUCUCUCAUAGACCUGUCCCGUAGCAUUGACCAGGCUCUGUUCAGUGAAUCCCUAUUCUCUCACAGUAUCUUUGGGUUGCCGAGACUCUAUCAUGCUUCUUCCAGCCUCUCUUUGAGCUCUCCUAGCCGGGGUGAAUCACAGCAAGGGCCUAGUUCUAAGCAAAAUGCAUUAUAUCGAACCAUCUCUUGUGGUGACAUGGAACCAGACAACGCCCUGUUCACUUCAAGACCGUCUAAACCAAGUAGCUCUUUGACAUCUCAAAGCAAGUCACCGGUGUCACCAGAGCAAUGGAAUUGGAAAGAGAGCGUCUCUGGUUCAACACAAGGCCUUUGCAACAACCCCAAGGAGACAGGGAAGUUCCGCUCACAUUCCUGGGCCAAUAGAGGUCAAAACUUUGCUCAGAGCAGCUUCCCACGAGCAAUCCCCCACCUGUCAUACCACCGGCGUUACAGAACCCUGAGCUUAGCCUCUCAGGACAGCUGCGGAUCCGGCCGGCUGGCAGGUACCAAACAUCUGAGUGAGAGCAAACAGCUGGAAUGGGAUCUGGCUGUGCAAGCGGAGUUUGUCAACGUGUGCAGACAAAUUGACACUCUGAGUGUUUGCAGUGACACCAUUGAAUUGUAAAAAGAUAGAAAUGUUCAGUCAUGAUUAAAAAAAGUGAUGCACAUUACGUUGUACUGAAAUAUCACUCCAAUCAGGUUAGAUGAAUCAUAAAAGUUAUACGCAUGUAUAUUAUAGCCUUAACUUAUAAAAGGAAUUAACAUGAC